AUGGAGGCUCACGAGGCCGCCGUCGCCGCUGUGUCCGCUCGGAUCCAGCAAUUCGAUGCAACCAAAACACCAUUUAGAGUCUAUCAUGGAUCUACCAACAGCACCCGCAAGUCGCAGCGGCGAGAGGACAACACUGUUGACACCAGCCGCAUGAACCAUGUCCUCAAUGUUGACACAACGAAGAAAACGGUUUUGGUCGAGCCGAAUGUACCCAUGGACGAACUGGUUGAUGCGACCCUGGAACAUGGCCUGGUCCCCUUGGUCGUCAUGGAGUUCCCCGGCAUCACUGUUGGCGGCGGCUUCUCGGGUACGUCGGGCGAGAGCAGCUCGUUCCGUUACGGUGCUUUUGAGACGACAGUCAACUGGAUCGAGAUUGUGCUGGCUAGCGGUGAGGUCACCCGAGCCUCCAAAACGGAGAAACCAGAUUUGUUCUGGGGUGCCGCCUCGGCGUUUGGCACCCUCGGCGUCGUCACCCUCCUCGAGGUCCAACUGAGGGACGCAGCACGGUAUGUCGAGUUGACAUACCGCCAUGUCAAGGGCUUUGACGAGGUUGUGUCCGUCAUAAAGUCCGAGACGGCCGACGACACACCCAACGACUACGUCGACGGCAUCGCAUUCUCCCUAAACUCCACCAUCAUCUGCACCGGGCGUCUGGUCGACAAACUCCCUGCCGGCGCCUCCCCACGCCAGUUCCUCCGCGCCCGCGACCCCUGGUUCUACGUUCACGCACAACGCGUCGAGAAACGGCUCCGCCACCAGCCCCCCAACGCCGUUGAGGUCGACCACAUCCCACUAACCGACUACCUCUUCCGAUACGACCGGGGCGGCUUCUGGACAGCGCGGUACGCCUUCCGGUAUUUUCUAACCCCCUUUAACCGCAUCACGCGGUUCCUGCUCAACCCCUUCAUGCACGGGCGGCGUCCAUGUUACCCGCGCGCCUGCCACCAGUCGGGGCCUCUUCCCGACUUUCCCACGUCAUCCGAGGACGUCGGGCAUCCCCUUACGCCAGCGCCCGCCGGCCUUCACCCGCCACCUCGAACCAGCACCUUCCCGCUCUUACCCGCUCUGGCUCUGCCCGCUGGCGCGUCCACCGGCCCCACCCCAGAACUCCCAGCACCGGCCUGCACGCCGAGGUUCGGCCCAGCCCCCACUCACCCACCCCCAACCCCCAUCCGCAAUCCCCAACCCAAAAUCAACACUCCCCAAAAACACUCCUCAACUUUCGGCAUCCUGGGGCCCCGUCCCCCACCGAGACGGCAUCUUCACCCCCUCACUGACCCCAAUCCCCACCGCCGCGCGAGCGUAGCCGCGAACCGCCUCCUCGAGCAGACGGUGCACGCCCUCGGCGGCAAGAAGUGGCUGUACGGGCAGGCGUUCUACACGGAGGGCGAGUUCUGA